AUGGAGGCAUUGCUAAUUGAAGAAAUUCGGAAAAUUCAAAUUUCGAUGGGUUCAUGCGCAUCGCAUAGCUCAAAAUCGUUGAGCAAAUCGGAACUUGACAAUUAUUUUUUAUCGCUUUGGAAUUAUUCGCAGACGUUGACAUUGGCCGAUGCGGCUCAAUUGAAAAACUUCCUCGCAAAAAACGAUUUCGAAUUGUUUGAUUCGAUUUAUAAGGCUUAUCUGCGCUGUUGGCGAGCACAGACGAAAAUGGUCGAGCACGAGUUCAUCUUCAUCGCUGCCAUUCGACACCUGAUACAAUUCGAACCUGGAAGCUCACAUUUGAUGGCCGAAGCAUUCUGUUUUCUUCUUUCGCGCCAAGACCCAAAUGUCACACAGCCUGUGCUCACAUUGUUGAAUUCCAAUCAACUUUUGCGUUGUCUCGAUUUUGCCGAUCUGGAUUAUAUCAAGAUUGUCAAAGCAUAUAUUAUUUAUUUUUGUGAAGAUUUUGAGAAUCAAUUGGAUGUAUUCCACGAGAUUCUUCGCAAAUAUCCCAUGACCGAGUCGAGAUACGCCAAUAUCUGGACGAUUGUGAUCAGGGAAUUUCUCAGCGAAAUUCACAAGACCAGCGAUGAGAUGGGCUAUAGAAGGCUGUAUAUUUUAAGCUUUCUCGGUGAGAUAUGCCGAAAAUCCAGAAAUGUUCGUGGAAUCGUCGACGCCACACUGCCAUUGUUCCUUCGAAAAAUUGAGCACUUAAAAAAUCCAAGUGAAUAUUUCGAAUUAUUCGCAAAAAUCAUGAGGCCGAUUGAAUGGAACGUCUGGAAUUGUUUGCUGAAUUCGACGAAAUCGACGUUCAACGACAACUCGGAGCAAUUUGCGACGAGAUUGGAGCAAUUAGCCGAGAUUCUUAACAAUGCUUUUGGAUUGGUGAAGUUUAUGCGAAAUAAUGCAAUGCAGUGCGAAAUCAGUGAGGAAAUCAUGAAAAAUGUGAACUUGAGAAGGGAUUUAUUCGAAAAAUCAUCAUUGAAUACUAUUGAAACGAUUUAUUCAAUUCCCUUCAAAUAUUCCAAAGAUCCUCUUGAAGAGCGCCCGAUGAGAGAGGUAUUCAACAAAUCAUUGAAAUUCUCGUUUGAAUCCAUCAUCGCUUUCUGCGAUUCCUAUAGUGAAUCCAGAAAUUCUGAUCUUCAAGAUUCGUUGAUUUUCAUGGAAGACAAAAUCGCGAAAAUCAUUCGAAAUCAUCCCAUUAAUCAUGCGUGUCAGAAAAUGAUGAUUAAAAUGUUUCACGAAUUAUUCAACAGCAUCUUAAAAGUAAUCGAUCCGAAUAAUUGGAUCAAAUGUAUAAAUGAUGUCGAGUACGACGAGGUGGAUUUCAACAAUCGAUUAGUGGUGCUCGAUGUUCUCAUUAACAUUUACAAACAGUCGGAAUGUGUGAUCAAUCGGCCCGAUGAGGCACGAUGGAAGCUCGCGCAGUGCGGCUAUCGAUUCCAAUGCCGCUCGCCGCCGUUCUUUCCGAUUCUCCAGAAGCGCCAACUCAAGUGUAUGGAAGAGAGUCGCAUUUUCGAGAGGUCCGCCGAAAUUCUAUGGUUGAUGAGAUGCCGAAAAAACGCGUUGGAAGAGGAAACCGAAUGGAAUAUUUUGGGAUCGAUGUGGAAUAUCAUGUCGAUGAAAGUUUCGAAUGAAACGGCGAGCUUCCUUAAGGAAUUCAUUGUUCGAAGCUUGAUUUCAGAUGAUCUUAGUGUUCGCGCACAAGCAAUAUUCAAGUUAAAGGAGCAUGAAGAAUCUGGAAGAGAGAAAUUCAACUGCUUCAACAUUCCAUCGAUUUCGAUGCUCUCAUUCACUAUAUAA